CGCUAUGUACGUGAGUUCUGAUCCUGGCACGAGCAUGGUUCGCAUUCGGUUUACCUUCUAAAACCUAGUGUGACAGGUGGCAUAGCAGGAGUGGAGGGCAGCGACGGUUGCACAACGCUGCAUGCAGUGGCUUGCAUAUGUAGCUCCUCGUUGGCGAUGCGUGUGCGACCAAGAGCUCUCGGCACAGGCAGGUCAUGUCACAGAUGAUGUCGGUGUUUCUACUCCAACUAAAGAAGGAAUUAUGCAAGGAAACGGAGCACGAUGCGUUGUAGGGUUUCCUCCAUGCAAAGAUAACAAGUGCUACUACUGCAUUGGGGGACGAACUCAUGCUCGCUACUCUACGAUGGCUGAGUGUAGUCAUGCCUGCUUCUAAACAAAAAUUAAGAUCGCUGUUAUUAUAUACAUUGUAAUGGUAGGUAAUGCUAUUAAUAAUAUAUGGGAAUUUUAGUUUUGGUAUUA